AAUGUCAAGUGUAAAAAGAUCCCAAAGAAACUAAUUUGUUAUUGAUUUUUUAUCAGGAGGAUUAUCAGGAGCUAUUGCAAAAACAACAUGUGCCCCAAUAGAAAGAGUUAAAUUAUUAAUGCAAACAGCAAGCAUGAAUACAAAACUAACCAAACCAUAUACAGGGAUAACAGAUUGUUUUUUAAGGUGUGUAAGAGAAGAUGGAGCUCUUUCCCUCUGGAGAGGAAAUGGAGUUAACGUUCUAAGAUAUUUUCCAACUUAAGCCUUGAAUUUCUCAUUUAAAGAUUUCUUUGCAAAAUUGCUAAAUAAGAAUAAUAAUUGUAAAGCAAAAUUUUUAAUUAUUUUAGAGGAUCAUUCAUCUCAACUAUUUUAUAAUAUUUUAUCAGGAGGAUUGGCUGGAACAUGUAGUACAUCAAUUGUAUAUCCAUUGGAUUUGGCAAGAACAAGGUUAGGGGUUGAUUUAGGAAGAACAAAGAGUGAGAGAUAGUUUUAAGGAUUAGUUGACUGCUUAACAAAAGUAUCGAAUUGCUUUUAUUAUUAGAUUUACAGAUCAGACGGUAUAAGAGGUUGGUAUUAAGGAAUAGGAAUUUGCUUUGUUGGAAUUUUUAUUUAUAGAGGCUUAUAUUUUGGAAUUUACGACACUGGAAGAGAUAUUUUUUUCAAAGGUAAGAUUUGUAAAUCAUUUUAGAUGCUGAUGCGAAGUCUUUGAUAAUGAAAUUUUUUUAUGCCUAAUGUGUUGUUAUUUUUUCUGAAACUAUAAGGUAUUAAAUAAUAUGAAAAUUUAGUUAUCCAACAGACACAUUAAAAAGAAAAUUGAUGAUGUAAACUGCUGGAGUUUAAAGAAAAUAUAAAAAUGCUUUAGAUUGCUUUAAAUAGAUUAUAAAUACAGAAGGAUUCAAAGGAUUAAUGAAAGGAAAUGCUUCCAAUAUGGCAAGAGCAAUAGGAAGUUCUCUUUGCUUAGUUUUAUAUGAUGAGAUGAAGCGAGUAACAACAACAAAUUAACAGAGAUAAUGAUGAUGUGU